GAGUUGUACUGGUAAGGAAAAACAUAGCCACCGAGCCUGCAAUGGCGGAUGAUCUCUGUUUCUGCUAGCUGCAAUAGAAAGACUGAAUGGGAAAGCUGAACAUGUAAGUCCCAGGACAAGAACAACUCGGCACAUCAGUAAAUAUUUCUGGUAAGCCGGUUAAGACACUUACAUGGACCGACCAUGCAGUCUAUACUAGCUAAGAAAGUCAGUUUUACGUAAGCUUGUGCAUACACCUAUUUCACUAACGGUUGCUUUGGGAAAUGGUCAUUGAAAUACAGAAUACAAUGCAAUGCUUUGCUUAAAAGUGACCACCAAACAAUGGCUUUCAAAGACCAAAGCACGAUUCCCAAAGCAACCUUUAUUGAAAUAGGUGUACUACACAGCAGAAGUGAACAUGCAAUUUGCAUGCCCACUUCUGCUGAACGUAGCUGGUACUACAAAGGGUUCCUAAAAAUUAAGGGUGGACUAGAGUAAUCCUACAUUUUCUUUGUCCUUACUCCUUCCAAUUUCCAGCCUUAAAUGAGAGACAAUGCUACUUCCAUGUUACUUCAAUGUCUUUUCAUCCUUCAACUCUAAUCUUACAGCUCUGGUUUGAUGCAAUAAUUUCAUUUUGAACAUCAUAUGCAAUAUUCAGGGUAAUUUCAAGCCCAAUGAAAAAUCUCCUCUUAUACUCCUAGCUCAUCAUCUGUAAAAGAAUCCUUGAACCCAAUGGAAACUUACCUUAUUUUUUGUAAAGCUCACAGAUUUCCAGAUUGUUUUUGUUUUAUAUACAAACAUUUGUAGUAAAAAAAGAAAUCAUGAAUAGUCAAGACCUGGUGAAGUUAUCAGCUGAUAAUGAAGAGCACAAGCAGCAUAAAAAACGAACCAAGAAAAUAAAGGCGCAACUUAAAGAUCAGGUAAUCUACCUGUACUUAAUGGACUAUAAAACAAUGAACCUUAACCUUUGGUCACAAGCUGUACAAGAAAAAGGUUACUUCCCUACUCUUUUUGAACAGUAGUUUGGGUUCUUUUAUGUCUCCUUCAAUUUGACCAAUGAAAGAAGGAUCAGGAGAGGUGGUCAACAGCUUAACGUCACAUCCUAAUACAGUCAACUCUCUCUAAGACGGACACCUUUGGGACCGGCACUAAGUGUCCGUCUUAGAGAGGUGUCCGUCUUAUAGAGAGUCAAAUAAAAGGAGUAACGGAAAAUCAGGGGCUCCCCCAACUAAGCUAACUGGGCAGCGGUGAGAUAAUUUGUUGAGCAUUGUUCUUGUCUUCUUUUAAAUAGAUUGAGUUUUACUUUGGAGAUGCAAACCUCCUGAAAGAUCGUUUUAUGAAACAAGAAAUUAACAAGCACCCAGAAGGAUGUAAGUAUUCUUGAAAUCAAAGGUGGUGAUCAUCUAAAGUUUUUUCUUUUCUUAAUCAAUGACUAACAACAAUUAUAAUUAUUCGAUUUCCUCCUCAGAUGUUGCCAUUUCAACUAUUGCUAACUUCAAUAGAAUGAAAAAGAUAACUGAUGAUAUGAACCUUGUUAUUAAGGCCAUGAAAAUGUCUCCAAUACUUGAGGUAUGUUGUCCAUAAGUCCACUUUUUAAAAUGCAAGGUCUUGCUGGUAAGAUGUUGAAAGUUCAAGAUCUUGCCACCACAGUUGUGUGUUAUGACAACAGACUUUUUAUAUUUUCAGGUCAGUGAAGAUGAGACAAUGGUGAGACGAAAAGCUCCUGUCCCAGAGCCAAGAAAUGUUGAUGCAGAAACAAUUUAUGUUGUACGUAUAUCAAUUUGUUAAUCUUAAUCGUCUCUUGGGGAAUGAAUAGGCUGUAGUGAGUAAUAAGUCCACACAUAAGAAUUUCAUCUUAAAGCUUCAGAGUGUUUGAAUCCCAAGCAAAACUCUAAUGCAUUAGAAAACCCAAUAUGAGUUGUUUUACCUGUGAUGAAGCUCUUUUACUAGUAGGUAUACAGUCCCCUGGGUCAGGAAUCAGCCUCUUAGGAAAACAUCUCAUCCCAUAAGACUUAUCGAAAUGAUAGCUCACCGUCUUGUGUACUAGUUUUCUCAGUUAAUUGUGUGAUACAUUUACUUGAAAAUUCUUUUCAUUUGUUUUACAUGGUAAGUUAAUGAUUGUUUAUACUUUAAAUGGAUGUGAUCUUGUAGGAAAGACUUCCCCCUUAUGCUGAUCAUGACUGGGUUAAGGAAAUUUUUAGCAAGUAUGGAAAGGUUGUUUAUGUCAGGUAAGUCCUACACUUUAAGACUCCUAACCUCUAAUUACCUGGAUCUACAAGCAAAAAUGUAAUUUGGUACUGGUUGUUUAUGUUGUAAAAGGCGGCUAUAACUGGUAAGUUCAUGUUCAUGGAUGAAACGUCAUAGAGUAAUGAUCCAAAUGAAAGCUACCAAGUAAUACCUUCCUGUGGUCUGUUUAUUAUGCUGUACAAGGUUGUUAUAGUUUUUGAGUCUGUGGAUGAAACCUCGCAGUGCAACAAUUCAAAUGAAAGCUGCCAAGUAGUACCUUCCUGUGGUCUGUCUAUUAUGCUGUACAAGGUUGUUGUAGUUUUUGAGUCUGUGGAUGAAACCUCGCAGUGCGACAAUUCAAAUGAAAGCUGCCAAGUAGUACUUUCCUGUGGUCUGUUUAUUACGCUGUACAAGGUUGUUAUAGUUUUUGAGUCUGUGGAUGAAACCUCGCAGUGCGACAAUUCAAAUGAAAACUACCAAGUAGUACUUGUCUUUGGUACUGUCUUAUCUAUCAUGCUAGAUACAUAGUGGUUCUAACUUGUGAAUCUGCGGAACAAAACCUCUUCAGCAGUACCUUCAAGUGGUGCUAUUUAUUUUCUGGUUUUUUUUAAGAGAUUUGUUCUUCCCUUUUAUUACAACUUUGGAUACUUAAAGAAGUAAGCAUAUUUAUUUUUCUAACACAGCAUCCCAAGGUUCAAACACACUGGAGACAUAAAGGGAUUUGCUUUUGUGGAGUUUGAAUCUGCAAUGCAAGCUCAAGAAGCACUGCAGGUAAUUGUUAUUUAUCAUUUUUCUCCACAUUCAAGCAGCUUCUCUCAAUCACCCCUGCAGGGGUAUUUAAAUAAUGAAAGGUAAGGGCUCAUUUACUAUUAAACUCAGAAAAACACAAACAGGUCAAGACACAUGAAAAAGCCUGAAAACCACAACCUACUUACCAUUAUUGUUGGUGGUUAGUUUUCUCACAACUGGUUAACUUUUUCCUUGCGACACAAUUAAACACCUGAUGCAUUUCUAGCCAAGAGUUUGCGGCUUUCUGGCUUUCACAGUAAGUGGAUCCAACAUGUAAGGUAGAAACCUUGUCAUUUUAGGCAGCAAGAAAAGUACGAUCGGCUCUCUCUUGCAUCAAAGUUUAAACUAACUCCCUCCCCCAAGACCGUGUGUCUUGGGGGAGAAGGGAGAAGGUUUAGAGAAGAGAGUUUUAAAGUGGUAAAACAUCAUUGAUUCCCAACAGGUUGCUUUAUACUUAUGAAAACACUUGUACUCUUUUUGUUCACUUUUAAUUUCCAACUACUUUGUAGGUUUUCAAUAAAGGAGGUAAGACCAAGCAAGAUGCGUUUCCUGAAGAGAAGACUGAUAACUCACCCAGUGUAGUUCAGUCGAUUGAACAGCAGAAGGUGUCAAAAGGAAAGAGAAAGCGAUCACUUAGCGAAUCAGAACUAGACACACAACAAAAACACAAAGAAAGAAAAAGAAAACGAACAAUCAGUGAUUCGUCAGACACUGAGCAACAUGAUGACAUUCAACAAAAAACUGAAGACAUGAAAAAUAAAGACCAUGGAAAAGAACGUAAAGAAAACGGUCGGGAGAAAUCGACUGAUGAGGGAGGUGAAAACGAGAAGAGUAAAAAAAGUGUCAGGUGGGAAGAAGGUCAACAAGAAGAAAUUAGGGAUAAUAAAAAGAGUGAGGAAACAACAUCAGUUGUAAGCCGAAAAAGAUCGCAUGAGGAAUCUGUGAUUAACGAGGAUGAAGUUCAGCAGAAAAGACAGAAAAUAAGUGACAAGUCUGAAGAAAGUGGCGAGGAUGAAACUGCUGAGAGAAAUAAGAAACAGAAGAAGAGAAAAAGGAAGAAGAAGGAAAAGAAAGAGACGAGACUGCCGCAUUUACGAGUGAUUUCCAAGUAAGUCAAGGGACCCAUUUUGUCUCCUAAUGAAGGUAGUAAAGGGUAUCACCAGAAACUCAUAAGUUUCUGGUAUCGCCUAAGCUGCUGACCAAUCAGAUCACGAGAGAUUUAACUGAAAUGACUAAUGACCAAUCAGAGCACGCCACAUCACACUGUGACAUCACUUAAGUUCAUAACUUCAUUCCCAGGGUUCUCUCUCUUCUGCCCUCAACAGAGGAAGAGAGAAAAUCCUGGGAAUGAGGUUGUAAAGUUCAAGGUUAAAUUUGUGGAGCAGAAGUGACAUCUACUAUUUUUCUAAGUUUUAAGUGUGCAUGGCAGAUGACCACUUUUUUAGGUAGGUUUUAAUCUUCAGCUAGGGAAUAUAAAGUUAAGCUAUGUGUAACAAUCUUGAAUUUACAUUUAUUUGAUUUUACUGAAAUGCACACGAAGAUGCAUUGUUUAUUCUCACUAAGUUUUGUAUGGUUUCUUUUCUUAAAGGUUAGAAUGGUUAGAACUGAAAAAGGAAUACAAGAACUUGCAACGGGAAGCCAUGAAUAAAUUGAAGAAACAAUUGCAGGAAAAAUCCUCUGCUGAUGGAAACAAGACUGAAGAACAGGAAUAUGUCAAACUACCACAAAAUGGUACUACAAAAGGAAGAGAUAUCAAGUCCAAUGAGUCAAAACAGGCGGAUAUACAAAAGCUUCCAUAUACACCGGGAGUUGUGUUAAAGUUCUAUUGUAAAGGAUCUGGUCUGACUAAAAGAGAAUUGAGGGUAUGCGGCUCAAUCUUUGUAUGUACAGUCUGUUCAAGAGAUUUUACAUUUUUUACUUUUCAUUCUUGGUGACAUUGGAUUUAAGUAGCUUAACCGGACUCUUUCGAUGAAAGCUUAACCGUCCAUGUGAAGUUUACUGAGUAUUGCGUCUCUCUAUCUGUACAGAUCUUAUUGGGUGAAAUUGUCCUGGCAAAAUAUAACUUAGACUGACCUGAUCCAUAAUCAAGCAUGGCUGCUUAUUAGAAAGCGUUGUUAUCAUCUUCUCUUUUCUUUUCGCAGGACAAGUUUUCUUCGUAUUCCCCGGUGGCUUAUUUAGAUUUGGCAGAGGGUGACGAUGAGGUACAAACGAUAUUCUGUCUUCAUUUAACGCUACUGUAUAUUUGUAAUUUGUACAAAAUAAUAGCCAUUUUGUUUUAUAUCUUGUUUACAGGGCCAUGUUCGUUUUCACACAACAGAAAACUGCACUUCAGUUUUCACGGCAAUGUCAUCGACAAGCGAUAAACUAAACGUUGAAAAACUUACAGGUAUCUUAAAAGUGUAAAUUCGUGCUUUUUUUUUUCAUCAGUUUCACAGUAAGCAUGAACAAGCAUCAUAGCCUUCUUUCGGUGAAGCACCCGUUGCAGUAUCUAAGGGCUUGUGACCCUGUGGCGGAUCCAGGGGGAGGGUCCAGGGGGUCUGAACCCCCCUAUCAGACCCGACACGACCUGUUUGAGACAGGAUCGUAAAUCACGUUUUAACUGGCUGAUUUUUAACUAAACCAUUAACUCAAUUGAUGCACAAGGCUGCACAAGAUUUCUUAAGCUAUGUUCAUAUCCUACCGGAUAGAAAACCGGAAAACCGGAUAUCCGGUUUCUCGCCGGCACGAAAACCAUACCGGAUAGGGCUUCUGUUCACAUAUAAGAACGGUGAUUUCUGUAACGGAGCGAAAAGCGUCGCGCCGAUCUCUUAAGAGGUAGACUGCGAGCAGUCUCUUUUUUUCUAAUCCCUAAAUAAUUAUAUCGUGGUUUGCAAUUGCGCUGGAUGAGAUAAAAACUAGACGGAUUUUAAGAGAAAAGGCGGACUGCAAGCAGUCUAUUAAGAGGAGAGUGACUUAUCGGAUUGGUGUUCACACUAUAUUAGAUAGCUUUUGAGCCGGCACGAAAACCAUACCAGAUAGAUAGGGGUUCUGUUUACACAUAACAACGGUGAUUUCUCUAACGGAGCGAAGCUACGCUGCGCCGAUCUCUUAAGAGGAGAGUCGCAUAUCGGAUAGGUGUUCAUACCAUACCUGGGUCCAGUUGUUCGAAAGGUUGAUAGUGCUAUCCACUGGAUAAAUCUCUAUCCAGAGGAUAGAGCGGUUUUCACUUGACUGUCGAAAGUAAUUGAGGAAUUGGUUUGGUUUUGGUUUUACUACGCCCUUUGGUUGGCUAGUGUAUUUACUUUGGUUUUGGUUUUACGACAGUCAAGUGAAAACCGCUCUAAUGCAAUUGGUUUCCCUAAUACUUAUCCACUGGAUAGUGAUUUAUCCGUUGGAUAGCGCUAUCCAACGUUUGAACAACUGGGGCCUGAUAGCUUUUGCGCCGCCACGUGACCUUACCGGAUAUGGCUUUUCGUGUCGGCAUGAACUGAAGCGAUCCGGUCCAGUAUAGUGUGAAUACAGCUUAAGAAAUCCUGUGCGGCGUUGUGCAUGUUUGUACGAUGAUCUGUAAACAUCCUUGUAUUUAAAUUUGCAGAGGAGGCUGAGAAGGCGUAUUGGGAGAAAAUAAAUGCUGACCGCAUGGUUAGAUUUAAUUCCAAGAGGCAGAAGAAACGCGGAACCGAAAAGGUAGGUACAGUGAAGUACGUUAUUGUCCGCUUGCUUCUCUUAAUAUUUGCUUUCUAUUCCUUGAGUUUUUUAGUAUGAUUUUAGCUCUUUGUGAGACAUUUUACUUGUUAACUGAUUUUUAGAAGACGUAGCAAUAUUUUGGCGAGAAAAACCUGAAAAAGUACGACCUGACAUCAUCGAUGGCUGAAAAAGUCUCGCCAACCUUGAACUCGCAGCCUUUUGGCGUCUGGUAUGGAAAGAAAGGCGACAUCGAGAAACUAUUUAUUUUACUUUUGCUCCAUUGUUUUUCAGGUGGCAAGAAAAGCUGAAGCCCUUCAACUGCAGCGUCAAAGCCAUAUCCGUUUUGACGAAAGCGAAGACGAAGAACAUACAUGAAUUUAAGUAUAGGGAGAGGAAAUCAGUGAAUGGAGGACUUCUCUAGGACGCCCUGGUGUUGUCUGUGUGCUUGAUGCCAUCAACCUAGGAGGCAUAGCUUUACCAAAUAUAAAUAUCGCUAGUUUAGCCGACUAACCGCUGGGUUUAAACAUUAUCAUUUACGACUUAUCACGGAACAGAUGAUCAUUUUUCCAUAAGUUGUAGAACAAAAACUACGAUCCAGCUUAAAUGCCGUCCAAUUUAAAUCUACUUUCAUAAGAAAGUACCGUUCAUCAUCAUUCGUAAGAAGUCAUCUAAAAAGUUUACCAUAUACUGAUUUAAGAAAUGCAAGUUUUAUAAAAGGGACUAGGCAAGACGCGCUCUCAGAUUGAUAGACAGCGGCCAUUUAAAGCAAUGUUGUGGAAGCGCAUAGAAUUAUAUUAAGCCCCUUUUAUGAUAGAAAUAUUUGCGAGGGAAGAGAUGAAUCUACCUUCAAAAGUUGAACGAUAUGGCUGUGUAUACAUAGCUGUGAGUCAAUUGUUUUUCCAGCUGUCUAAUAUAACGUAAAUUUCUACGAAAGUUGAAAUGAUGCUCAGUCUCAGUUGAGUAAACAACCUAAGCGGUUGAAAAAGAACCCGAAAAAAUCCAGGUCCUCUUUUUAUAGUGCAAGAGUCAGGUUUCUUUAUUGAUUAAUAACAUGUACAAAGUUUUCUUCUUCAAAAGCUAUGAAAUACGCAGAGGGUUUCUUUUCAAACUGUAUGUCCGAGGUUGAACUUGUAUCUAUUUUUCUACGGUGGAAAGAAAUUCCCUCUAUCACGUGUACGUAGAACGUUCAGUGAAAAAGAUCGCCAAAAUUUUGCCUCUGUGCAUGGUCCCAACGCCCCCGGCCAAAGGGGCACUGGAUACGAAUCAGUGAAGUUUUACGGUGAUUGGUACAAAAGGAUCUCGGAAUCAUUAAGUUGAUACUUUUCA